UAUAAUGGGCCUCCCUGGACCUUUGAUAACAAGCAAAGUGGGAAAAGAAAUAUCAAAGUCAGGCUGGAUCGGGUGGUUGCUUGCCCAGCGUGGUCCAACCUGUACCCUUAUUAUCAUGUAAGCCACCUUACUUCCUCCAGAUCUGAUCACUGUCCUAUUUUGUUAAAGCUAGAACAGAAACCUGCUGUGAGUAUUUCUGGUCAUCCUCGUAGGUAUGAAGCUUGUUGGGAAAGAGAGGCUGCACUAGUUGAUGAAGUGAAGACAGCCUGGGAGGGACAUAACAAACCAAAAGACCUUGGUGAUGUGGCUUCAAACCUGUCAGGCGUCAUGGACUGCCUGCAAUCAUGGAGCAAAAGGACAAUCGGGUCAGUCUCUAACCGAAUAGGUAAGUUAAGGAAGAAGCUCCGGAAAAUUAAUAUGAGAAACUCAGUACACGAACACCAAAGGAAGAAGAGCAUUGAAAUGGAGCUAGAUAGCCUUUUAGAACAAGAAGAAAUCUACUGGAGACAAAGAUCAAGGAUUAGUUGGCUGAAAGAAGGUGAUCGCAACACAAGAUUUUUUCACCAAAAAGCCACCUGGAGGACAAAAAAGAACAGAAUUGAUCGUUUGCAAAAGGCUGAUGGAACCAUGACUUAGGAGAAGGAGGAAAUGGAGGAGAUGACCACAAGCUUUUUAAAAAACCUAUACACGGCUGACCCUCAUGUGCAACCUGAUACCAUCACCAAUGUUAUGCAAACACAAAUUUCUAGUGAGAUGAAUGAAAGCCUGUGUGUUGAGUUCUCAGCUGAGGAAAUUGGCAAUGCUCUUUUCCAGAUAGGACCUCUUAAAGCUCCCGGAAAGGACGGGUUCCCUGCAAGAUUUUAUCAACGACAUUGGGGUGUCUUCAAAGAUGAUAUUAUUCAAGCAGUAAAGGAAUUCUUCCGAAACGGAGUCAUGCCAGAUGGGAUUAAUGAUACUGUUAUAGUACUCAUUCCGAAAAUAAAAAAACCCUGUGUGUCUUAAGGACUUCAGACCAAUAAGCUUAUGCAAUGUCAUUUAUAAGAUGGUCUCCAAAUGUUUGGUAAAUCGUUUAAGACCGCUGCUCCAAGAAAUAAUUGCUCCAAACCAGAGCGCUUUUAUCCCGGGAAGACUAAUCACAGAUAAUGCUCUCAUUGCUUUCGAGUGCAUAGACUGUAUACAGAAGAGCACAGACGAAAAAGGGAAGUUUUGUGCAUACAAACUGGAUUUAGCGAAGGCCUAUGAUAGAGUUGACUGGAAAUAUCUCGAAGAAUCACUCCAUAAGUUGGGAUUCGCAGGACAAUGGAUAUCUUGGAUUAUGUCCUGUUUUAAGACUGUUACCUAUUCAGUCCGGCUUAAUGGAGAGUUGCUGGAAACCUUUACCCCAACUAGAGGGCUAAGGCAAGGUGAUCAUUUGUCACCCUACCUUUUCUUGUUUGUUGCGGAAGGUUUAUCUAGAUUACUUCAGCGAGAGAUUGAUGCGGGGCAAAUAAAAGAACUUAAGGUUUGCCGCCGGAGUCCGGGCAUAUCUCACCUACUGUUUGCGGAUGAUAGCUUGUUGUUCUUUGAAGGUUCAGCUGACCAAGCAAACAAAGUAAAAACAGUGUUGAAUAGCUAUGAGGCUGCUACUGGACAGUUGCUUAGCCCUGGAAAGUGUUCCCUCCUUCUUGGAAAUAGGUGUUCAAAUGAAACAGGACAAAUGGUGGCUGCUAUUCUAGGCAUUCAAACAGUAGGCUUUGAUGAAAAGUAUUUGGGGCUCCCUGUUCUAGAAGGGCGAAUGAAAGAUGGUAAAUUUCAGCCUGUAAAGGAAAAAGCUAAAAAACGCCUCAUUGAUUAUGCUGAGAAAUACUCAUCAAGCGGUGCAAAAGAAGUUCUGAUAAAGUCAGUGGUACAGUCUAUCACUACAUACCCGAUGAGUGUGUUUAAGUUCUCAGUAGGCCUUUGUGAAGACCUCAUGAAACUCACUAGAGAUUCUUGGUGGGGGAUGAAGAUGACAGGAGACAAAUUCAUUGGUUAAGUUGGGACAAACUCACAAGAAGGAAGGGACAAGGUGGCAUGGGCUUCAGAGAUCUUCACCUCUUCAACCAAGCUCUACUUGCCAAACAAGCGUGGCGGCUUAUUGCUUUUCCGAACUGCUUAUGUGCAAGGAUUUUAAAAGCCAAGUAUUAUCCAUCAGGUGAAUUAACUGACACUGCUUUUAUUAAAAAUCCUUCUCCGAGAUGGCAGGGUAUUAUGCAUGGACUAGAACUACUAA